UCAAUGGAGCUGUUCAAAGUGUGGUGGUGCUAGAAAAGUAAUUCAUGCAGUCCGUCGACGUGAAAUCGGCGACUGGGCAGUGGACUUCCAUCACGAAUCGGAGCGCUCCUGAGGCAGGGCAAAUCAAGAAAUCCUAAGCAAGUGACCCACCUGUAUAUGAUCCCCAUUGGUGAUAUUGAUCCCAAGAGUGGCUUUAGAAGUGAAGAUGGACAUUUCCAAAGUCCUGUAGCCAUUUGGCGAUGGACACAUGUGGUGUGGACCUGGCUUGGCUAUGCUGACCAUUAACGGCAGACAGUAAUACCUCAUCCACUGGAGGGCAAUUGGGGCUGGGGGGGGUUGGGUAAAGGGACAAUGUUGUGCCUGGAGGCUGGUGAAAAGCUAAUCAUGUAGCUUUCUCCUACAAAGGGGGCACAGGCCAAUUUAUUUUCUAAUUUUUUUAAUUCCUUUUGGUUUUGUUGGUUUGGCUCCAUAAUCAAAAGAUGGUACUUUACACGUCGCCCUUCUCCAGCUCCUUCCUGUGUUUCCUGAAUGGCCUGUCAUGGGGAUUUAUUUUCCCCUGCUACUGGCUGCUGGACCGUCUGCUGGCGUCCUUCCUGGCCACCUCCCAGGAAAAGCGGCGCCGCUCUCAGGACCCCUGCUACUUUCUGGCAUUCUGUGUACUGGUGUCCACCCCGCUGUACCUGCUACUGCUGGUGGCCUCGCUGCCCUUUGCCCUUCUGGGCUUCCUCCUGUGGGUCCCCCUGCAGUCUGCUCGCCAUCCCUACGUCUACAGCUGCAGGCAAGCAGUUGAGGGCCGCAUGGAGGCAGCGGACGGGGUAUGCACGGCUGGGCGGCUAGCAGAGUGGCGAGCCGCGGGCCGGAGCUUCUGCUUCAGCAGCGCCAACGUGUGCCUGCUGCCAGACUCGCUGGCACGCUUCAACAACCUGGCGGGCACGCAGAGGCGGGCACGCGAGGUGGGACGGCGCAUCCGCAACGGCGCCAGCCGCCCACAGAUCAAGAUUUACAUUGACUCGCCCACCAACACCUCCAUCAGUGCUGCUUCCUUCAGUAGCCUGGUCCAGCAGGCGGGAGGGGCCUGGCGCCGGACAUCUUCCUUAGACCACCGGCCAGAGAGCAACGGGGAGGCGGAGCUCAAAGAAGCAGGGAGUGGGGCACAGGGCGAGGAGGCCCAGGGGAUCCCCGAAUGCCCGCUGCACCCCGCUGAGUCACAGACUGCUCCUGAGUGCCCCCUCCCUUCCUCGGGUAAGCAAGGGCCCCCUGAGUGCCCCCUCCACACCUCUGGGCAGCAGGAACCCCCUGAGUGCCCCCUCCAUGCCUCGGGGCAGCAGGGACCCCCUGAGUGCCCCCUCCACGCCUCGGGGCUGCAGGGCCCCCCUGAGUGCCCCCUCCAUGCCUCGGGGCAGCAGGGACCCCCUGAGUGCCCCCUCCACGCCUCGGGGCUGCAGGGCCCCCCUGAGUGCCCCCUCCAUGCCUCGGGGCAGCAGGGCCCCCCUGAAUGCCCCAUCCACCCGUCUGGGGUUCAGAUUAGCAUUAGUGCCCCAGAGCCAGACCCCGAAGAGUCCGAGUCGAAGGGCAACCACCAAGCGAGGGAUGGCGAUGCGGGCAGCCUGGAGAGCUGUACAGCGUCGCGGGAGUCGCUGACCCGCUUCCACGUGGCCGACAGCGGUGUGUCCAACAACACGCUCUCCCACCGCACCUCGACGUUCAGGCGGCCCACUGGGCGCAAGCGCCGCCACGCCGACGACGGCUUCGACCAUGAGGUCUCCGCCUUCUUUCCCGCCAACCUGGACUUCCUGUGCCUGCAGGAAGUGUUCGACAGGCGGGCCAUGGCCAAGCUGCGGAGACAGCUGCACCGCUACUUCCCCUUUCUUCUGAGCGACGUGGGCCGCUACGGCUGGCGGGGCUGCUGCUCGCGCUUCAAGUUUCUCAACAGCGGCCUGCUGCUGGCCAGCCGCUACCCCAUCCUUGACGCGCACUACCAGUGUUACCCCAACGGCCGUGGGGAGGAUGCCCUGGCUGCCAAGGGGGCACUAUUUGUCAAGGUGCAGGUGGGCACCUCUUCUCAGGGGCAGAGAGUCAUCGGCUACAUCGCCUGCACUCAUCUGCACUCUUUGGAAGGAGAUGCCUCAGUACGCUGUGAACAGCUGGAUUUCCUCCUCGAGUGGGGAGCAGAGUUCCGAAAAGCCACAUCUGGCCCAGCUCAGGAUAAGGGCCUGGAGGACCAGGUGGCUUUUGACGUCAUUCUGGGGGACCUGAACUUCGACAACUGCUCUUCAGAGGACAAGCUGGAGCAGCAGCAUACGCUGUUCACGCAUUACAAGGACCCCUGUCGCAUAGGACCUGGAGAGGACAAGUCUUGGGCUCUGGGUACACUGUUGGACACCAGUGGACUGUAUGAUGAGGAAGUGAGCUCACCAGAAGGUCUUCAGAAGGUGAUGGAGAAUGAAGAUUUGAGAAAAGAAUACUUAGUGUAUCCCAUUAGCAAGAACCAGUGUCCCAGGCAGAAGGGCCAAAAGAUUCCGCUGAAAGGCAAUGGAAGGCGGAUCGACUACAUCCUGUACAGCGACGAGGGAUUGCAACCAGACUGGAAAGUGGAUGUGGAGGAGUUCAGCUUCAUCACGCAGUUGGCGGGACUCACGGACCACCUGUCUGUGGCCAUGCGGCUGGCAGUAUCCACUGGGGAGGAGGAGCCAUAUGCAUAGGCCACACCCCCAGGGCUAGCCCUUCCUGACAUCACCACAGUGACAUAUCCAGAGUACAGAAGACUGAGAGCCAGUGCUGGGGGUAAAGGCAGACUCAGUCGGGCGUCUGCACAUAUCAGCAGGACCUCCAUGUUAUGAGAGACAUGAUCAGCUGACCCUCCCCCCAACUCCCCCAAUGCGUGCCAUUCCUACCGGCAGUAAAGCAUGGCCCCUCUGCUCUGGCUAGUGGGGAUGCUGCUGGCUGUAGCUCACAUCUCAUAUCUUCUCCUGUUCCUCCAUGAAUUCCUCUCUUCUUCUAAAAAGCACUUAAAUACGGACAUAUUUCCUGAACUGCAUCACUUUUCCCAUUUAUUUGUAGUUUUAAAAUUUUAAUGGAGUAGCCUGUGUUUUUUAAGCCUGGGCAUGACUGAUCCCGAGACUCCAGUCACCUCCUUCUGAGAGGAGCUGAACUGGCUGUGUUCGCAUGUUAGCCCUCAUGUCUGUGAGGAGGGGUGUGCUUCUUCUCUCUCGAACCCAGAUUCUGGCUCGGCUCUAUCCCUGUCCUCAAACAACCUUAACAGAAGUGUCUUUUUUCUAAAGUCUUUCUAAAGGUUUCUACUGCCACUUUGCCAUCUUUCUAGAAUGUUUCUAUACACAGGCACUAUAUGAAGGCAUUAUUAUAUACGUACUUAGUGGAAUGCUGCAUGCUGGGGUCAUUCCAAAGAGGCGGAGCCAUAAUUUUGAAGCAUCUGGUUGGCUGUUUUCCAAUAAGGCUUCGUACGUUUCCACAGGAUUGGUGGAGAGUUGUAGUGCAUUGUCAUGGAGGAAGCAUUGUCUUAUAUCUCUGGUAUGGCUCUGACCCUUAAAAUGGGUCUCUUCAUGCAAGGGAGCCAUUUUCCUGGCCAACAUUCUGGUCUCUAUGGUGACAUGCAUGUCCUUUCCACGAUGCUGCCAUGCCCCCCCCCCCCCGACAUAUGACCGACCACGCCAGUGUUAUCACACUCGUUUCCCGUUCCUAAUCCCUCUGGUGACACCUGAGAAGAAGCUGCCCUCCUGCCCACUGCUGAUGCAGUAUUAAUGCUGUGGUCACUUCAGACCAAACAGGAGCGAAUGUUUACAUGCCAUAUAACUGUCAUAUAUAUCAGGCCACAAUGAUAAAUUUAAUACGAUGGUCCCCCACUUGGGAUUUUUUGUCACAUUUGAACAUCAGUUUUUUUUAAUGAAAAUUGCCUCUAUUAUUAUUAUUAUUAUUAUUAUUAUUAUUAUUAUUAUUAGCAUUGAUGUUGUUGAUGUUGUUACUGUUAUCGUUGUUGUUGGUGCUGUAGGUAACAAGCAAGUUUACCACAAGUUCCCAGAAUGAGGUCUUCCCCAGGAUCUGCUCCUCUGUUGGGGGAGUGGGGAAUUUCUGGGGUUCUUCUGCACAGCCCUGACACCCAGCUGGUCCCCCCUAAGGGCCAAAUGGGCACAGGGCAGGGGUGCGGCCUGCAUCAGGGAGAGCCUGUCCCUUGGAUGGCUGUAGUUGCAUGCUUCUAGUCCCUGCCGCAUCGCCCGCCUCACAUCUCCCUUUUAUUUUCCUUGCUGUUAAUUUAUUUUUCAUUGUUUUAUUUUUGUGGCAAUAGAGAGCCAUCGAUUCGCGCCGUUUCUGAAUCAGGUGGUGGAAAAGCUUUACUCUCUCUUUUAAUGCUUGUCUCACACUCAUACAUUCUGCUUUUUCUUUAAAAAAAAAUUCCCUCCUAAUCAUUAAGUCCCUGUGUUUUGUGAGUUCCUUGCCUUCUUUUGUUUAAAUUGGGUUUUAUUCUCUCUAUUUCCUGAGGAAUUCACCAUAUUAACCCAGCAUUUCAGUGAUAAAGGUCAGACGCUGCUGCCAUUUGGAUUGCAGAAGUGAGGGAUUGUGCGUGGUUGCAAAAGAGUGUUUUCUGAACUAAGCCACCUGUCCGGGUUCUCAGCGUGAGCCGCUUAACACCUGACAGAUAACAUAAUGUCUGCUCAUUGGACCCUCGUCCUCCCUGAUGUACAGGUUUUACCAUACUUAUUUCUAGGCAAUAUAUAUUUUUAGAAAGUAUUCCCCAUGGGACAACACGAAAUAUAUAUUAGUAAAUGAACUACAUAUGACAUAUGGGUUUUGUGUGAUGUAUGUUUUAUGACAGUCCAAUAGAAAAGCAUACAGGAUUAUGGACAGACAUUCUAGGUCCUGGGUCUGAAGCUGAUUUCAGUCCAUAUCAGGUGCAAAGGAUACAGUCAGCCUGUUUACAUACUAGCUUCUGUCUCUUCAGUCAUAGACGCCCUUAUUUCAGACCUGCUCGGGGUCCUCCAAAAAAUUCCACUAGAAAUAUCACUAGAAUUUCAGCAGCAGACUCACCCUGAAGUGACUUAGCUAAUUCCCCUGUCUUUCCAGUGUGAUCCACUGUGAUCAGUACUUAGUAAAUCCCGGUGUCUAUAUGUGCUUGUACAUGCAGUUUCGAGUAUAGUACUCAGAAAACCGAAUGUUUUCAUUUGUCAGCAGAACUGUGUUUCUGUGUUCAUGGAAGUUUCCCCCUGGCAAGUUGUUUGCUUAAUGAAUUCUACAUAAUGAGGAUGUGAAGUCAUGUGACUUGUUUCAUCACAUCAGGAAGGUCACUGCCUCGGCUGAGGUCUGUGGUUCCACUGCGUGUGUAAACUCGCUCGUCAUUUCAACGUCGUCUCUUCGAAAGUAGGUGGAACAAUUGUGCUCGUCAUUUUUCUGUUUUUGCAGACACAUCGACGAUCUUCCAGUUCAGGCUGCACAGUUCCCUUUUCUAAACCACAUCUCUCACUGCACAUGCCUGAAGGCAAUCCCACACACAGUUUCACCCUUUGGACAAUUUAGAGCCACCACUUUAGAGCAGGGAAGAACCCUGAGCUACCAGAGGAAAUGUACGCAAGGACAGGGAGAUCUUGGAAACUCCACAAAGCGCCAUGCAGGAGGCAGCAGCCCAAUGCUGAUCCACUGUGACACCCAAUGAAACCGAUACCAUCUAAUGGUCAAUACUGUGCUCAUCUCACCUGAAUUACAUCCUAAGAACCUUCCAGACCAUGAGUGCGCCCCGUAAAAUGCGCCAUAAUCUUUUUAUCAUGGUCUCCUGGCAUGCUGGUAGAAGGAGGAGUGCAGAGGAAUCUUCAUCAUUAUCGGUUACAUCUCAGUGCCAGUUGAAAAACCCAUUAGAGAUAUAGACUCUGCAAUGGCCCACCCACCCAUCUGUGCCACUGCCAAUUGGUACAAGGCAUGGAAAUACACUGGGUGGGAUGCAGUACCCCGAGGAGGAAUUCUGGGAAAAGCUCAUGCUGCCACCAUCUGUUUGGGAAAAUCAACAUUCUAAUGUAGCUGGUGAAGCUGGAUUCUCAUAGCUGCUAGUCGGAUGUGGUUUUCAGCUGGUUCUGCAGGCACAUACAGCUGUGUAAAACCAUCCCAAGAACAGGCGUGUGAGAAGCACCCAUCCAUGCUGACUAACAGCACCAUUUCUGGGACAAAUUACCCAUCAUUACCUAGGACAGUGGUUCUCAAAGGAUGAGAGGUUGCAAGUGAGGGGACACGAGAUGAUUUCUACAAUAUGUGAAUAAAACUUAAAACCGUUAAUAAUAGUGGUGGGAAUUGACAGACAGCUCCAGGUUUGAUAUUGCAUUGAUAUUUGCUUGCUGAUUGAAUAUGCAUUAUGAUUUUUAAUUAGUUUUUGUUGAAGGGCAUUUCAGGUCUACAUUAAAAUUCAAGACAAGGCCUGUAACAGUUCGCGUAUCCAUCAUGCGCCAUUGACAUGCUUCGUUUUCAGUUCAGUAGGCACAAUUAAAGGAAUUAAAUUUCUUGACACAGAAGGAACUUAAAUUCACAUGCAGAUGUUUACCACUUGAAACAUCAUACAAAUCAUGGUUGCAAGUUAGUUAUGGCUAGUGUUGGAGAGCUCAAGCACACAGAUGAGGGCUGGAGAUCCUCCCAUGUCACUCAAAUCAACAGUUUGGGAGCAUUUUGAUUCUUAAUAAAUUUCACCAACACCAGAGAGAGUGAGUUCUUGAUAAGAACAAGAGUGUCUGUAGGCUCUGUCGUACCAAACUUAAAUAUGUCUCUGGAAUCACAUCCAGCAUGGUAAGUCAUUUGAGAUUACAUUAUCCCCACUAGCAAUUUUUCAUUCUAGGAAUGUUUACUGAAUGUUAGGGUUAAGAUAUGGAAAGUCUCCAGUUUUCCUGAUGUUCCCAGAACAUUAUAUUACAUACACUACAACUAAGAACAACAAUGCACUUAAUGAUAAAGGGCAUGGUACUGUAAUGGGGUAACAUUGUCGCUUUACACAAAUGAAGGUCAUGGAUUCAGGACUGUGUGGCACUUUUGUAGUGAACAUUUUAAUAUAUUAAUAUACAGCAAUAUUUUUCAACAUUAAUUAAAAGGAUCUUCAGAUAAUAAUGUUAUUGUGCUGAGACUGAGAGAACCUUUGUUAAAAUGUAAAAUGUAGAAAUAAUUCCAUUACUGUUACAAUAAGAGCAUUUUCUGCAAUCUUAGAGAAGACCUUCACAUAAUGUUGGCUUAAGUUCUGCGAAUGUUCCCUGUUAGCUGGGUCAGAGUGUGUACAUGAUUGGAGCAGCAACAGCCACUGCAAAUUAUUCUACCUGUGGCAUUUAAGGCUCUUUAAUCAGCAAAUUAAGACCAGGCUGAAAAAUGAUCCUAGGUUAUAGGGGUGUAUCGCUACAGAUAUCAACCCAGUAGAGAACAUGGGUUCAUUACUGUAUGACGGUUAUGAUGCAGUCUUAUUUUUGAAUUUUUAUUUGUUUUACAUAUUUAUUUUUAGUGUGCAAAAGAUUGUCCCAUGCAUUUGUUUGGUUAUUCUGACAUGUCAACAGACACGCACACACACACUAUUGGGGGCCGUGAGUCUUUGGCAUUUUUAUCUUGGGGGUCAUGGGCUGAAACAUUUGGAAACUCAUGCCCUAGGACACAGAUGCUGGUUGAUGCACUUGACAUCAAAUGAAGAGUUUUGAGGUCAACAGUUCUCUAUCCCUUUUGUGUACAACAUGGGUUAAGUAUUGCUUCCCCCUCCUGAGUCACCAGACAGUUUGCCAGAAUCUUUUUGAGGCCGACCGAAAGUCCUUGUCCAUGGUCUCACCAAACUCCUCCCAUACCCUAGUUUCUGCUUCUGCAAUUGCCAAAGUCACUUUUUGCUUAGCCUGCCAGUACCUGUCGGCUGGUUUCAUAGUUCCAUAAGCUAACCCAGCCCUGAAGGCAUCCUUCUUCAGCCUGACAGCUCCCCUUUCCUCUGAUGUCCACCACUGGGUUUGAGGAUUGCUGCCACAACAGGCACCAACACCAUUAUGGCCACAGCUUCGCAGUGCCACCUCAGGAAUGGAGUCCUGGAACAUGGCCCAGUCAAGCUCAGUGUCAUGUGACUCCCUCAGGUGAAAAGAGAAUUUCUGCUGUCGGUAAAAGCUGAAUAACUCCUGGGCAGGGCCCCCUGCCAGACAGUCUCAGCUCACCCUCACUAUUUGUUUGGGUCUACCAGGCUUAUCCGGCAUCUUCCCCCGCCAUCAGAUCCAAUCCACCACUAAGUGUUGAUCAGUUGACAGCUCAGCUUCACCCGAGUGUCCAAAAUAUGCAGACACAGAGUUGACAAUAUGAUUACAAAAUCGAUCAUCGAAGUGUGGCCUAGGGUGCUCUGGUACCAGGUGCACUUAUGAACACCCUGAAAUGACUGGAUUUGAAAUCUCCUAGCAGUUAUUUUCUUGCAACAACCAGAUAGGUUGAAUUGAAUAAAAGUUUGGGGUGAGGUGAGGAUUUAGCCUAAAACGUGAGAUAAACCGCAUGUGGGAGGGGACAGCACUGACUUGCCAUUUCGGGGGCAGUGUGGCACUGCUAGCAUUUCUGCUUUCAGUCAAUGUUCUGCUUUCUAUUAAUACCUCUCAUGUUCUUAAGAGGGCAAGUAAAGAGAUAGCAGGGGAAUUACUGUGGUAUUUGUUUUCUUAUUGCACUUAUUUUAGGAGAUAGUAUAAUUGCCUUUGUAAAUCAUUGAGUCAUAAGGAAAUUUGUCGCAAUUUUUUGUUGUAGUUUUUUCCACCACAGACACACGUGUGGUAUUUAGAUGGGGAAAGGCAGCAUGAGCAGCAUGAGCAGCAUGAGCAGCAUGAGCAGCAUGAGCAGUUCACGGGUUGGAUGUGUGAACGAAAGGCCAAGGUCGUGGGUGGAGCAUUCUCCCCAUCAAAUGUCGCUACCUCUGCCAGGGCCAUAAAAAAGUCUUCUUUUUGUUUUGAUAUCCUCCAUCAAGCUCUUUGGCAGAGACAGGAACCGUCUCUUCCCAUUCUGUGACAUUCACUCUCCCCGCUACUAACAAGGGCCUGUGGCUGCCGAGGCGGAGGCUGAAUUCAGGGCAUGUAGCUCAUUUACCGACUGCAGAAUCAAGACUGUCAGGCCUGAGCUUUUCAGAGCCAUUUUCCCCCCACACUGCCACCUUCAUUUAAACAACAACAUACUUCUAGGAAGUAUGUUGUAAAUUAAACUACCAAAAAAAAAAAAAAAGCAAACUUGCACUAAGUGCUGGUUGAAACCCAUGUGGAUCCCAAUCCAUGCUUCACGGUCGGAACCCUCUGUCGAAGAGAAAGUGAAAUUGGCUGGCUAAGGGCUGCUUUGUGGUAACUGUAGACGCACCACAGUGCGUGGCUGUUGUGACGUUGUCUUUGCCACAAAGGCCAGAUGCAGAGACCGCACAUGGGGGCAGGGUAUGUUUGCAUGUACCACUCAAAAAACCAAACAAUGUGGACAGUUUGUUCUGUGAUAGACAUGUACCUCGGUUGUGCAGUGGCUGGGGAAAACUAGCAGGAAGUCAGAAAAGAGAUCAGACAGAAAAUUGCAUAUAAACUCCUUUUCUACCCUCUCUGAUCAGACUGAAAAAAAAUUGCUACAGGAUUUGAAGAAAAGUUGGCUGAGAAAGUCCAGAAAUACCUGCCAGUGUUAUGUCAGUUUUUUUUUCCAAACCAAUAUUUAUAGUUGUCAUUUAGCUGUAGAUUUGUAUUUAAUUUUCAUAUCUUAUUUUGUUUUCAUUAAUGAUAUUAACCCUGACUUGCGCACUGUAAGUACAUAAUGCACUAUUUUAGGAAAUGUUUAAUUUUUAAUUUAUCAUCCACGCCACGCUUCAUAAAUGAGCAGCUUUGCUCUACAGCUUCUGCGCCAUGCAGGCCUGGCAAUAUAUGAACAUCCAGGAAUAUGGAUGGUCCGGUAAUACAACAACAACAAACAAAUGUAUUUUUGUAUAGCGCAGUUUCACGAUAUUACAUCGUCUCAAAGCGCUUUACAGCAUCCUCACCCAAAGCCCCCAGUGAGUAAGCCAAAGGCAACAGUGGCAAGGAAAAACUCCCAAGAAUGAAGAAACCCUGGGAGGGACCAGACUCAAAGGGGGAGCCCAUCCUCCAGGGGCCGGCAGGGAGAGUCAUGCAUGUCAUGCAUAUUUGCAGUAAGCCAGUCCUAAGUUAGUAUCCUCUCAGAAAAUGCCUAAUUAUGAUCAGUACUGCUUGGGCAACUGUAAAAAUUAACCCAAGUCACAGUCUCAGUCAAUCUUAACCUGGCUCACCACUUGGCAAAUGAUCGCGGAGGUAGUUUUACGAUUCAGUGUUAGGGGAAAAUGUGCAAAGAUGAAUUCAUCGAUAUCAGUUUAUGAAAGUGAAAUAAACAACUCAUUUCUACCCCUAUGUUUGGGGGGGUUUUCAUGGGUAAAAUCCCUAAAAAUCAAGAAAUGACUUGUUUGUGAUUAAGUGAUAAAAAUUAUUGUUAGACUUUUGGACUAAGAAUGUUUUUCGAUUUUAUUUUUGAGUGGUUAUAAAUAUAUUUAUGACAAAGGUUCGCAGGAAAAAAAACACUGAUCUCCAGAUUUCCAAAAAUUCUUUUUUUUAUAAUAAAUGUUUUUUAAGAGUGUCUGGUACAGUCCAGACCCUCAGAGUUUUGCUGUGUGCUAAAAUAAAGGUGUCAAAGGCCACUUGAAACUUCCAACUUGAUCUUGUAUAGGUCAGAACCUUUCUACACCCCUGUUUAACCACUCAAGGCUGCUGAUAUUAUGUAAAAGGCUGCUGGUCUGACCUUUAAUCACAAGUGCCAUGAACAGGAACCAUUCCUUCUGCUGAUUGAAACACUGUGUAUGUCAGCAGCUGUACCAUGUGCAGUUCAGAGUAGGUAAUCCAACUGAAACUCAGCAGGUUUUGGCCUGGUCAGUAUUUAGAAGGGAGACCUUUUUGGAAAGUUGUACUGUUGCUGGAAGAGGUGUUGGUGUGGCCAACAAGUGUGGCCAGUCCUGUAGUCUGUGUGGAUUGCAAUGCCCCAGUUCACUGUGCCGUAAAAUGUUGGAGUCCUUUGUAUGAGACGUAAAACUCAAAAGGUUCUGACUCUCUGAGAUAAUAAAAGAUCCCUGGGUGGUACCCUGAUCUCCUGGCUAAAAUUGUCCACUUUGGCCAUAUAAAAUCAUCCCCUAUAUGUAACCGGUGAAUUCUCUCCUUCCCCUUCAUCACCUUAACUACUGUGCGGUGAGCAUACUGCUGCAAAAUUUAAAUACAUACACAAAAUACAUGUACAUACAUACACACAUACACAUUUAAAUAGUGCUAAUUUAAAAAUGACUUAUAAACAAACAAAACAACAAUGAAAACAACAACCAUAAUAAUAAUAAUAUUAAUAAUAAUAAUAAUAAUAAUAAAAAUAAGAACAGGAAGUUAAUGGCACCAUGAUGACUCAGUCAGUAGUCUCGUUACCUUGUACCUCUAGGGUUCAGGGUUCAAAUCUAGCCAUUCUUUAAUUUGAGUGGAGUUUGUGUGUCCUCCUUGUGUCAUGCACAUUAACACAUGGUCUGCCCCUUCAACUCCAACCAAGUACAUAAGCUUCACUAACUAUGAAAUAAAGUUGUCCAUUGACCUGCUAUUGUCUCUGUUUUGCGGUAAUGCUUUUAACACUAACGGAUAAAAAAAAACAAACACAUUGUCAGAAAAAGAAAAACACUCAUGACAGAGGGAAUCGCUAGGCCCACCUACAUCGACUAUGUGGGAGCCAAGGAAAGAGCAUAUCAGCUUUUCACAGUAUCUCACAUCUCUUAUAUCUGUAUCUGAAUCUGUUCUUUCUGUCAGUGGGAGAGGUAGCACAAAUACACAAGCUGUUGUUUGGCUCCUUAACCUGUGGAAACAUUCAGAUGUGGCAGUUAGAUAAAUGUGAGCUAGUAUUGUGGUUCUGUGCCAUUGUUAUGAGCAUUUUUGGAAUGUGUGUAAAAGAUGGUACUGUCAUAAACAGGCUGUGCAUCUUUCUGUGUGUGUGUGUGUGUGUGUGUGUGUGUGUGUGUGUGUGUGUGUGUGUGUGAGCGUCCAUUCAGUUCAAACGGUGCUGACGUUUGAAUCGAAAGAGGUACUGAAAGACGGAAGUGAGAGCUAAGAGACUCAGUUAGCAGAGGCCUCCGCAUGCUGAAAUCCAUUUUAAUGACAUCAGUAAUGCUCAAACAAAGCUGUGAAGGAAGAACGCACAGAGCUGGACUGUCCCGCCCUCUGACCCCAAAAAUAACCUACGCUCCUGUACAGUGAGAGUUUCACUGAUGUGAGAGAGUGAGGAUUUCCCCUGCAAGUAAGGGUUCUUCCCUGCGUCACUGAGGGAUCUAUAUAACUCCAUGGCCCAGA